CCUUCUUACGUCCCUAUAUCACUAUUAAAUACAAAGAAUCAAAUCUGGGUUGAACCAAGGUCUUUCUUUUUCUCUCUCAAAACUUGUUUAUAUUUCAUACAUACACUUUACAAUUAAAACGCGGCUUGCCGGUUCAAAUUUGUAACAUACAUCAUACAUAUCCCUUUUCCCUUCAUUAAACAAUAUAAAUUUAUAUAAACAUACCCGGCUUGCUGGUUAUUAACUUAUUUAUUCACCCACCCUCCAAAUUUUCCUUUCCUCUUCCCCUCUUUUUUUUUUUUCAUGAUUUCCAACAUUUAUCCAGAUAUGAACUUUGCCCACCAGACUCCAUUUUAUCACGGUACUCCAAUCUCUUCUGGAUCAAAACACAAUCAACGUAAUGAUUCAAUGGCAAAUAGUACACACUCUUUCAACCAGUAUCACCCACAAACAUUACCUGUAAUGUCAAAUCAUCAACAAUAUCCCAUAUCAUCCUUACCGAAUAAUUAUUCAUUCCUCCCAUCUACCAUAAAUUCUCAACAACCAUAUCAGCAUCAACCAUGGAAAUCUGGACGUACUAGUAACGAACUUAUGUUAUCACAUGAAAUCAUGCUUCCCUCAUCCGCACCUUAUCUUCAACGUAAUGUUUACAAUAAUGAGUCCAGCUUGUCUGUUGAUUCUUAUCGUCACCAAUUGAAUAAUAAUAUCUAUAACCAUGGAAGCAAUGACAAUCGUUAUCUUUCCUCAUCCCCUACAUUAUCUACAUCACCCACCACAUCCAUGCUGAUGUAUAACAGUCAACAAGGCAGUAGGAUGUCUACUCAUGAACAUAGUCAUUAUCGCCGCUCUUCAAUGAACACAUCGCGAUCUUCUUCCCCUUCAUCCGCAUCUUACACUACAGCCUAUCAUGAACAUACAAGAUCACCCAGUCCCGGAAACAAUAAACGAUAUAUCUGUCGCUUGUGUCACAAGCGAUUUACUCGACCUAGUUCACUUACAACCCACAUGUAUAGCCACACAGGAGAAAAACCCUUUAAAUGUACUUUUGAUGGAUGUGGUCGUAACUUUUCAGUCGUAAGCAAUCUUAGAAGACACGCAAAAAUUCAUGGAAAUGGCAAUCCAAGCAUCUCCACCUCCUCCUCUACCGCUUAUUCGUACUGAUUAAAAAAAAAAGAAAUAGUCAAAAAAAAAAUCCUCAAGUUCACAUGUACGAAUAAUGAUUUAACCAAUGAAUUAAUAAAUAC